UACGGAUACAGAUAUGAGGUUUGUGGGCCUGGGUUAAUUGACGAGAACUGUUUUCGGUAUCCUGUCUGCCAGAAUAAUGAGGAAGAGACGGCAUUGGAAAGCUCAGUACAGUGUUUUGAAGCAAUGGAGAAUUGAAAGCGUUUGAGGACUUGUUGUAGCAUUUGAUCCAAUGGCGAAAAAAAGCCGUCCCAAGGGUGAAAAGCCUGAAGCCCUUAUCUCUGCCCUACAGGCUGCUAAUGAAGAUCUCAGGUCUAAACUUACUGACAUUCAAAUAGAAUUGCACCAAGAAAAAUGUAAGGUGAACAAGCUAGAGCGCGACAAGACGCAAGAAGCCAAGCGCAUCCGUGAGCAGGAGCAGCACCGACAUACGGCAGCGCUUACCGAGCAGCGGGCUCGCUGGCAUGAGGAGAAGCUGAAGGAAUUGGCGGCGCUGCGUGAGUCUCUGACACGGCAGCAUGAACAGGAGCUGGCGCGCACAGCCAAGAUUAAGGAUGGAGAAAUCCAACGGCUGCGGACGGCAAUGGCCGCACUGCGCGAUGGCACUGGUGAGAAGGUGCGCACCACACUGGCGCUUGAAGCACGCGAGGAGGCGCGGCGCUUCUUUGAACAGGAGCGUGCCAAGUUGCUAAGCGAGAUUGCUGAGCUAAAGACAGUCAAGCGAAACACAGAUGAGGCACUUAAUGCUGCUAUACAGGCCGAUAAGACCAAGGCGGUCGACCUGCGCUCAGAGCACCAUGCGCACCAGGAGCAGAUCUCCAAGAUCAAGUGGGACUGUGAGCGGGAUAUUCGGCGACUGGUGGAUGAAAUCAAAGCAAAAGAUAGGACUGUUUUCUCACUGGAGAAAGAGCUGGAGACCGCGACAGGGUUCCUGCAGAAGUUGCAGCUUCAGAAGGAUGCACUGGAUGAGCAGAUUUUUCUUGUUAAGGAGGCCGAAUGUAACCUUGGCAGCCCGAAAAGAGAGAUUCCUGGGCGGGCUGGUGACGGAGCAGAAAACUGUGGGAGCCCGGAUAUGAGGAGGAACCAGAGACGCGUUGCUGAAUUAAAUUCCACUAUCCGUAAACUAGAGGACCGGAACACACUGCUGGUGGAUGAAAGAAAUGAGCUGCUAAAGCGAGUGCGGGAGUCAGAGAAACAGUGUAAGCCGCUGCUGGAAAAGAACAGGUUGCUGAAUAAAAAGAAUGAUGAGCUGACUCAGUCUCUCCAGCGUAUGGAGGAGAAGCUGAAGAGCUUAAACAAGGAAAACUCGGAGAUGAAAGACAAAAUAUCAUCCCAUCCACCACUAAAGAAACUGAAGUCUUUGAAUGACCUGGACCAGGCUCAGGAUGACCAGGAAGUUGAGUUCCUCAAGCUGCAGGUUUUGGAGCAGCAGACUAUGAUUGAUGAUUUGACUAGGGAUAGAGAAAAACUUCUUAGAAAGAAGCGGCAUAAACGAAGCAGACCUAUUAAGAGGCAUGUUGUUGUGGACACUUUCUUUGGGUACGAUGAGGAGUCGAUGGACUCUGAGACAUCCUCUGUAGCCUCUUUACGCAUGGACAGAACUCCAGCAACACCAGAUGAAGAAGUGGCUGAGGGUCUGGCUGCAGAGGAGUCGGAGUUGCGCUUUAGGCAACUGACACGUGAAUACCAGGCCCUUCAAAGAGCAUAUGCUCUUUUGCAGGAGCAGAAAGGUGGAGUACUUGAUGCAGAAAUGGAGGCCAAGGCUCAGGAGCAGCUCCAUGCUGAUGUACAGUGCUAUAAGGCCAAAAUUGAAGACCUAGAGAAAGAGCUCACAUUGAAAGGACAAGACUCCAAAUGGGUUGAGGAGAAGCAGUUGUUCCUUAGGCGCAAUCAGGAACUCUUGGAAAAGGUAGUAAAGACGGAAGGUGAGAAUUCACGACUUCAGCAAGAACUCCAAGACUCUAAAGACCAGAAUGAACUGCUUGAGUUUCGCAUACUUGAACUUGAGGAGCGAGAGAGGAGAUCUCCACCCUAUACUCUUUCCAUUCACCCUUUUUCGGAGGGAGUCAGUGCCCUCCAAAUCUACUGUAUAAAGGAAGGAGUGAAGGACGUGUGUAUACCUGAUCUCAUCAAAUUGUUAGAUAUUCUAGGAGAUAAUGGGAAUCUAAGGAAUGAAGAACAAGUGGCCAUUAUUCAAGCGAGCACUGUCCUGUCUUUAGCUGAGAAGUGGAUUCAGCAGAUUGAGGGCACAGAAGCAGCACUCCAUCAGAAGAUGAUAGAUUUGGAACUGGAAAUGGAAAUGUUCUGCAAGCAAAAAGGCUAUCUAGAGGAGGAACUCGACUACAGGAAGCAGGCCCUUGAUCAAGCUUAUAUGCAAAUCCAGGAGCUGGAGGCGACCCUGUACAAUGCACUACAGCAAGGUAAGGUGAUCAAUUACGGUGAGUCACUGGAUGAGCUACAGAGGGAUCAGCUGCGCACAGCUGUAGAGAAACUGAGGCGCCAGAUGCUGAGGAAGAGCCGGGAGUACGACUGCCAGGUGCUGCAGGAGAGGAUGGAGCUUUUGCAUCAGGCCCACCAGAGAAUAAGAGACUUGGAGGUUAAGACCGAUAUUCAGAGGAGGCAGAUUAAGGAUCUGGAGGAGAAGGUACUGCAGCAUCCUAGAAGUCCUGCAAGCAACUGCAGUUUUCUAUUUGUGAAGACUAGAACUAUACUAGUGGCAUUUUUUGCGUGUAUGUGGUGGCGUGAGUGAGCGUCGGAACUUUCACUACCAGAUUUCUCUGUAAAAGGCUCGUCAGAAAAACUGCACUGAACUUAUCCUCAGAAUCAAGGAGGCUCUGAACUUACCUGUGGGUUACCUGUCAAAAUCACAAGAGUUGGAAGAGUACACACACAUUGUCAAUAAAUCACAGGUAAAGCGAACCAAAGUCUGGAGGAUGAUACUGUUUAUCUCUGCCAUGCAGGGGAUUCGCCAUGCCACCUGCCUAUAGCAUCUAUCACAGUAGAAACUCCAUCCUUCUUCAGACUGUCAGUCAGAACCUGUCAAAGAUCACUCUGGCUUGUUCCUUCUUCCUUCUGACAUGCAGAAAACAUACUCAAAUUUAAAAAAGGUUAAAAUGAUUGAAGGGGAAUGGACACUCCCACUCUCCCACUCACAUGAAUGAAGUCAGAAAGCAGUCAUGUGGCCAAGAUUACUGCUUUGUCUUGAGCUCUAAAGCUUAGUGCACACUAUACAACUUAAAAAAAAAAACUCAGAAUAAAGACGUCAACAAAUUAAAAAAAGAAAAUUCCAGAAGUGAAGUACCAGGGUGUUUUGUAAUAGUUUUGUGGACUACAUAACUAAUUUAUUACAUUUCUGGCCCAGCCCCCACCCCCCUUAUAGCUUUAAUGCAUAACAUUUCUAUAUUCAAACAUUUUUAUAUACCAUAGACAAUUAUGUAAUCUUUAGCAUUGGCUGAUGCACUGGUUUUAAUGAUUGACCCAAUAUGCAGGAUGCUUUUACAGCAUUUAGCAGACGCUUAACCAAGGGAUGCUUAACCAAGGGAACAAUACUAUGGCUAAAGAAUUAAAAACUAAAAGGAAAAAAAAAAGAUCAAAAUGCAAGAAGCCAUUCAGGUGGCGCAGCGGUAAAACACGCUAGCACACCAGAGCUGCGAUUUCAAUACAUCGUAUCGAAUUUCAGCUCUGCCAUCCGGCUGGGCUGGGCGGCUACAUAAACAAUGAUUGGCUGUUCUUCAGAGGGUGGGACAAACCGGACCAGGGUUCCUCAUAACUGGUGCAAUUACGACAUCUGCUGGCUGAUUGAUGGCGUCUACACAGAGUUGGGGAAUAAUUGUGAUCAGUGUGUGGCUCUCCAUGCACAAGGCUGAUCCCCAUAUGAACUUGCAUUGUGCAGGUGAAAAGAGGCAGUCGGUACUGCACGUGUCAGUUGCAAAGCUUCUCAUUCAGCAGUGGAGGGUUGUAUCGAUAGAGGUGAAGCGUAACGCAAUCAGGGUAAUUGGAUACGACUAGAUUAGGGGAAAAAAUUGGAGAAAAAGAAAAAAAAAAAGCACGGCCAAAGUAAUAAAAUUAUCUAAAUAAAUACAAAUGAAACAUUGCAGCCCAAAGGAGAAAGAGAGUACAGGAAAGGGGUAGUGACAGAAUGAGUGUCUGUGACAGCUGCUCAGUCCACCAGUGUGCGAUGACCGCUGAGUUCUUAAAUAAAAAGAGAGGAUAAAGAGAGGGAAGUCAGUAAAAAUUGAAAGGGGCUGGUUUCAGGCCGUCUCUGGAGUCGGCUCACCCAUCCAGGGCUGUUUUACUGGGACGGUCGUGACACUGGCAGAGUUCUUUUAAAAGAAGAUAAAGAAUUUCCACAUAUGCGCCGGCAGAAUGAAAAGUCUCAUGGAAAGUGUAGAAUAGUCAAACAUGUUGCAACAGGGAAGCUAGCAACUGUCUGGCACAGAGGUGUGAUUAUAAAGACACUCCUUCCUCCUGAAGAUAAGGUACGCUUGA